UUUUGCAGGUCUAGCUGUCAAAAACAAAUUCAUCAUGUCUGAUCUGAAGAAAGGAAUGUGUCUUGUCAUCACCACCUUUCAUAAAUACGCUAGCAAGGAGGGAGACCCACAAUUUCUUAGCAAAGGAGAGCUAAAAGAUCUGCUCACCACUGAGCUGGGACCAGUUUUUGAGAACUGCAAUGACCAGGCACAACUGAAUAAAAUUUUUAAUGACCUCGAUAAUAAUAAAGAUGGUAAGGUGGACUUUCAAGAGUAUGUCACCCUUGUGGCCUGCAUUACAAUGCUCUGCAACGAGGGCUGUCAAGGGAAGAAAAAAUAAUUAAAUGGAGACUGACCCUUACCAGCUGCAACGGUGCAUAAAUUAAAAUCUU